AUUAUAUCAAAAUCAAAAAUUUUUUAUCUUUCAAGUGUUUUAAUUACAGAAUAUGGGUGAUAAUACUGAUAUAAGACAAGAUCAAUCUUGCCUCUCAACUUCUGAGGAUGAAUUACCAACAAAACGAUUAAAAAAUAGCUGAAAAAAAAGGAGCUGGAUAUGGAAUCAUUUUGAAGAAGUAAAUACUGAAGAGCAAACAGGAGAUAAAGAAGAACCACUUAAAAGAUGUAAGUUUUUAGAUGCUAAUGGAAAGGUAUGCAGAGCUUUUUACAUCAAUGAUGGUUCAACUGGAAAUGCCAUCAACCAUUUAUUAAUUGAUCACAAAAUAUCAAAGGAUGGCGAAAUUAAUAAAAAUCAGCAAACUAUUCAAACUGUUAUGUGUAUUCAUAAACAUAAAGACAAUAGGCAAAAAGAACUUUGUAAAUUUUUAAUAGACUGGAUAAUUGAUAAUCUUCAACCAUUAUAUGUUGUCCAAAGUCCUUCAUUUUGUCGGCUUAUUAGUGAAUUAGAUCUAGCUUUUAUUAUGCCAGAUGAGAAAGGUAUUAAGAAAGUUAUUGGUAAUGCUUAUAAUUAUACUUUACCAGCAUUAAUUAAAAAAAUUAAGCUAGAGGCAAAAAACAUUUCAUUAACCACUGAUAUGUGGACUUCAAGGGGUGGACAAGGAUAUAUAGGCUAAGGUUGCUUGCUGAAACCUAG